CGAGUUCCGGUAGGUUUCUGAUUUCUGCUUCUUUCGCCCUACAGCCUAACAGAUGAAUUUCGUUAACAGUUUGCCCAGAUGGCCGAGUAGUAUGGAUAUGGACUACGGGAACAAACUCAACCAGGCUCUUUCCUCUAGCACUAAAUUUAUACCCACAGGACCACGGGGUGCUGGGCAUUAUCCUCACUACGGCCAUUCUUUGGGGCAGAGCAUAAAAGUCAAAGAGGAGGAAGACGAGGACGUUGAAGAUUUCUUUCAUUUUGCUCAGCACCUUCAACAACAAACAGGAGACAGCCUCAGUUCUUGCUGUGGUGGAGUGAAGCCUGCGUCUAUACCUGUGCCACCCAAACCGCGGAAUCAACCCUCAGCAGACAGGCCUUACAACUGUCCUCAGUGUGGCAAAAACUUUAGAUUAACAGACAUAAAGAGACAUCAGAGAAUACAUAGCGGUGAGAGACCAUAUCCUUGCUUUCAGUGUGGGAAAAGUUUCCCCUCGUCAGGAGAUCUAAAGAGACACGAGAGAAUACAUACUGGUGAGAGGCCUUAUCACUGCCUUCAGUGCGGUAAAAGUUUUUCCGAUUCAGGACAUUUAAAACAGCACCAGAGAAUGCAUACGGGGGAGCGGCCUUACCAGUGCCCUCAGUGCGCAAAGCGUUUUUUCAGAUCAGGUGACCUGAAGAGGCAUCUGAGAAUACACAGUGGAGAGAGGCCUUAUAAAUGCCCUCAGUGCGGUAAGACAUUUGCCGAUUCAGGACAUUUGAAGGGUCACCAGAGGAUUCACACAGGGGAGAGGCCUCACCGGUGUACCUUGUGUGAAAAGUGUUUCUUUAGAGCAGGGGAUCUCAAAAGGCACCAGAGAACGCAUACUGGGGAAAGGCCUUACCAGUGCUAUCAGUGUGGUAAAAGUUUCUCAGAAUCCGGACACUUAAAAGAGCACCGGAGAAUACACACUGGCGAAAAGCCUUAUCACUGCAACCAAUGUGACAAGAGCUUUUCAAGACUAGAACGUCUAAAAGGUCACCAGAGCAUCCAUACUGGAGAAAGGCCUUUCCACUGCGCUCAGUGCGGAAAGAAUUUCUUUAGGUCAGGAGAGCUGAAAAGACAUCAGAGAAUACAUAACGGUGACGGAAGGCUGUCCGUCGGCGGGAAUAGCUUGGGCUAGUUCCGCGCUGGCUGCGUAGAGGGCAGUCGUCUGAUUAGCCUUUGACAUUCCAUAUUAGUCAUACAUCACUGCUCUCAUUGCUUCUAAACAGGAGCAUCUGUGUGUGUGUGUGUGUGACUCAGAGGAAGAGAUUGAGGCCUGUAGUGCUUGCCCACUGUUCAGUAACAAAAACACAACAAUCUCCCUUGCCAGUGAUCUUCAGUUCAGCCCAAUAACACUUACCAGAUGAUUUCAGUAUUACCUCUGCACACACUGUAGACUUGUAGUUGGAGAGAAAGGCUGGUUAGGUGCUUUGGUAACUCGUUAAUAGAAUGCAUGGGUUCAGACAGGGAGCAAUAGUCAUAGUGUUAACAAUCUGCUCUAAACUGAAAACAGGGCAAAAAAAAAAAAAGAAAACUGAUAAAAUUUCUUUCACUCCAAAGUGGGACCCCCCCC